AUGGCUCCCGUCGAGAAGAACCUGAAUAAUGAACAACCUAAAUACUUGAAAGGCGAUAUCAAGGCAUCAGCUUUGGAAUUGAUUGGCAACACGCCUAUUGUGGCAUUAGACCGCGUUUACAAAGGUCCUGGGAGAAUAUUGGCCAAAUGUGAGUUCAUGAACCCUGGUGCAUCAAUCAAGUGUCGCUCGUCGUUGAACAUGAUUAAUCGAGCUAUUGAAUCCGGUGAGCUGAAGCCCGGAGAUCCUGUGAUUGAAAUUACCUCUGGUAACCAAGGCUGCGGUCUGGCUGUGGUGUGCGCUGUGUUGGGACAUCCAUUGACACUCGCUAUGUCAAAGGGUAACAGUGUUCAGAGGGCACUUCAUAUGGAAGCUCUAGGUGCGAAAGUAGUUCGAGUAGAUCAAGUAAAAGGUACCUAUGGUAGUGUAGCAUACGCUGACGUUGAAGUAGUUCGGGAAGUUUGUAGUAAGUUGGUGGAGGAACAAAAUGCAUACUUCGUUAACCAGUUCAGCAAUGAAGCCAACGCAGAUGCACAUUAUAAAAGCACGGGACCGGAGAUAUGGGAGCAGACUGGACAUCACGUAGACGCUUUCGUAGCGGCAGUUGGUACUGCUGGCACGUUUAUGGGCACCACGAGAUAUCUAAAGGAACAAAACCCCAAUAUGAAAGCGUAUGUGGUCGAACCAGCUGGUGCAGAAGCUAUUGCUGGGUGUCCAAUCUCGAAGCCUCUUCACUUACUACAAGGAUCGGGAUAUGGAUUAAUACCUGACUUGUUUAGAUACGAAGUCAUGGAUGGUUCGUUGAGUGUUACUGACGAAGAAGCUAGUAGGUACAUGAAGUUGAUUGGUGAGAAAGAAGGUCUCUACGUGGGUUACACUAGUGGCGCUAACGUGGCGGCUGCUGCGAAGCUGCUAGAGUCAGGAUUAGUUCCUGAGGAUGCGUGGGUGGUUACAGUAUUAGCUGACACUGGACUUAAAUAUACGCCAGUACCAGAGGAACUAACGAAGUGA